CGAGAUGGUGCAGGCCAGUUGUCGCUACACCUUGACUACCCGGCGGAGACGAACCUAGCUGUAACGGAGAACUCUUAGUUGACGUGAUAGUCUGCGGAAGGGACGUCGUCGUCAUCAAGUAACGUUCUGGAGAUAUUUCCAGAGUACUUGCUGCCAUUGUCUGGAGGAUUACUUGAGGAAAGUACAGGCGGCUCUAGAUUCACCGCCUUACCUUGCACAGAAUCGUUAGCUGAAGGUGAGAGGUAGUGUGAGAACACGAGCAAGCAGUGGUACUGGUGAAGAAGACAGACGCACUUCGUCGGGUUUGUUCAGGUUCCUCAGCCUUGAGAAGUGAGAUGGCAAGAGUCAUGGCGUCGCAGAACCACAGUGAGCAAGAAGUUAAGAUAAUUGAAUCGUGUGAAUGGGAAGCCAGCAGUGCGAGGGAGAUGUUACUAGUAAUGCCAGACGUUGGAAACCGGCUUUCUAGUGUGCAGGAUGCGGACUCUAUCCUUCGUAACUCUCCAACGCAAAGUGAUGCGUUACCUGUGGACGGUAGCCGUGAUUAUCAAACGGGUUCAUCAGGAAGAUCAAAUGCUAAUUUUGAACAGCUGAACAGUGAAUCUUUUAAUAUAUACAAUAAACCUGUAAGUCAGAAAAGCACAAAAAGUGAGAUUAACAUUUUACCGGAAUCUUUGGCCACUGGCACAGUGCCUCGUGUAAGCAGUGAAAGUGCCAAUAUUAAUAUGGGAGCAUAUGUUAGUACAACAACUUACAAGUCAAGAAAUGAAGCAGAAUCUGCAUCGUCACAGAACAGCCUUGGAGGAAUGUAUAGUGGGUCAUCUUCAAACUAUCUUUCUCCCCACAGAUCUGCAUUUGAGUCUGAUUUUAAAGUUAAUAGAGAGCAUGAUACUUCUGAGUGUUUAACACCAGAAUUAAUACCCAUAGGUUUUAAUCAAAAUGCUUCAGUGAACAACAAUUACCUCUGGCAUUCAGGAAUGAGCUCCAACGCAGUCCAAACCUCCCAGAUAUCUUCUAAAAUUAAACAAAAAAUUACGCUGAAUAAAAAAAUGAAACUUUAAACACGGUCUCUCUGGGCGUAAAACUGAUUAUCAGGACUGCCAGGCUCUGGAAAAUCAACAUUGGCCGAAGAACUGAAGGGCGCGACUGGUCAUUCUCUCUACAGAUGAUUUUUAUAGCAAAUGUGGUAAAUAUGACUGAUCAUAUGAGCGUGGCUGAAGUAUGUUGACCAGAUCACACACAAGGUGAAGGGACGACGACGUUUCGGUCCGUCCUGGAUCAUUCUCAAUUGGUCUUCUUCCAAAAUAAAAUAAUCUUUCCUGCCUCAACACUAAACAGACGCCUUCUUGUUGGACCUGCUCUAAUACACAACCUACUCAAAAUGAACUAGUCCUGGCUUUGUUGCUGUUGACUCUUCCCUUUCAGUGUAUAUGCUCUAAUCUUUCUAACAAAAGAUUAAAGCAUUUGAGUAUAUACUGUGAAAGGGAAGAGUAAACGGCAACAAAGCCAGGAC